AUGGAAGAGACGAAGCGCGGCGUCUGCGGCCAGGAUGGUUGUCGGGAAAAGAGCUACUACUUGGAAAACGGUCUAUGGUUCUGCAGACAGGGGCAUCAGCAGGAGGGCCGGCAAGUAAUUGCGGAUGAUGACGAUUUUGGCACUCAGGGGCGGACUAUUCGCCAGAAAAAGGUCACCGCAGAACGUCUAUCAAAGAAAUAUUCCGGGAGUCAAGCCUAUCAGCUUUUUUUGGAAGCGUAUCAGCUUCUCCUUUGGAAGCAAUGCCAUGCUCUUAUUAAUCAAAGGGGGUUGCCUGGGGAGCUUGAACUCAUUGUGAAAGAUUUAUGGGCGCUGCGGCUCCAGAAGCUUUACGAAAGAGAGGAUGACAAUUAUCGGUCUGACGAUAAUAUUUCGCAGCUCUUUAGCUCGCAGACUGAAUGGACCGAACUUGAUGACGAGGAGUACAGAUACCACCGGCGAAAGCUGAGCGAUUCACCCAAGGUGAUCGAUGCUGUAGCACUGUGCUAUCUGGGUACUCUAUUGCUUAGAAUUCCGGUUAGUAUCGGAUAUAUGCAAAGGUGGAUUGUUAGGGAUGAUAUUCCAUUCCUUAGGCUGAGCCGCUUUGUGCCGCAGGACAUGAAAGAAAGGCUCCCUGCAGUAUAUCAUAAUGUGCUUGACCCUCGGAAUGUUCCCACUGGGGACCAGCUCCAUCGAGCGGUUGCUGAUCUAGCUGACUUGUAUUCCCGGGACUUUGGAGUUACAUUUCCUCGCAUAAAUUUGCCUUUGCUGCUAUUCUCAUAUAUUAAGCAGCUCGCAUUACCUUUGGAGAUAUAUCCAGCAGUGAGCCGUCUGAAGGAGCUUUCAGGCUUCGAAUUCUGCUUCUCCAGACAACCCGGACGAUUUAAUCGGGUCUCUCUGCCCGAGGUUCAGCUGAUGAGCCUUGUCAUUAUUGCCGCGAAGCUGCUUUAUCCACUUGAUGACAUAAAAAGAUACCCAGAUUCUUUGCAGGAUCCAGCUGCCCAGAUCAUAGACUGGGAAGCAUGGGUGGAAACUCAGAAAGAGUUUGAUCUCAGGGGCAAGAACACUGAAAGGCUUACACGGGGGUGUGAAAUAAAGGUUGACGAGAGUGAUGUCCUUCAGAUGACACCUGCACAGCUGGAUGAUUAUAUGGACUGGUACAGCAAGAUGUGGAUUGAUACGAAGAAAGGAACCAAUCCGUUUGCAGAUAUGUUCCAGACCGACCGAGUGGACACCGAUGAAGUGAACCCGAUGCCACCGCCGGAUGACGAUGAUGAUGGUCCGGAGAUCUCCAAAAAGCUGCACAAGAUGCUAUCGAGAAUGAAAAUGAGAAGAGUAGUUGCGGAUGCCGAUGUUAUGGCGCUGGCUGAACCAGUCGCCCGACCAGGGAGCUCGUAUAAACGCUAUCGAAACGAGAGCCAGCUUUCAGAGUAUGCUAAAGCAUUUUAUCAGGCAGCCGCGCAGGUCAUAGGCGCGUCUUUAGAGACUAUGGUAUAUACUGUAUAUCGGACAGAGCAUAGGAUCCAGAAUCCGGAUGGGACCAGAAGUAGCAGCAGGAGCAAAAGCAGAUCUAGGUCGAAGAAACCGAAUGAGGAGAUGGCUGACUGUGACAUAAAAAGUGGAUAUGACCCAGCUAACUAUGAUACAACGGUGAGCAUAAUGACACAAUAAGUCACUUAG